UGGGCUGAAGGCCGAGUGGAAGUUCCUGGCGUCCGUCUUCCCGAGAACCACGGGCGAUUCCGCAUGGUCAGCGGGAAGCUGGAGGAGCUGCACUGCCCGUUCCUGGUGCCGCCGCCGGCGCCGCGCUGCUCUCGCCCCACCGCAGCAUCGCGGAUCUGAGCCCUCUUCUUCAGAACGCGCUCCUCGGACCUCUCUCGGCGGCGGAACUGCACUAUUAUGACAUCAAAAUCCUGCAAGAUUACGUUUUUUACACCACCGGGUCUGAUCGGACAGCUCGCAUAGCCGUCAGCAUGGACGACACAGAAGACGCAACAAAUCAGCAUCUUUACAGCAGGGACGGGAACUCCAGGCCGCUCCAGAUGGUAGAGAGGCGAGGCCUGGGUUCAGGGGCCAAGGGCCUCCUUCAGGGCUGCACCCUUUCACCAGCGGGAUCCUGCCACCUGCUGGGCCCCUCCUGCCUCCCCACGGGUCUUCCUGGGAGAAUCCCACCUGAGGCUGCAGUAACCUGCUUAGGGUGUGACUCUGGGCACCUUCACAUAUUUCCAAGAGCAAAGAAAAUACAUCACCUGGAAGCGGAUUUCUUAAUUAUUCCUCAGCUUAUAGUGAUGAUAGGAUUUGAAGACCUGGCUGUGUAUUUCACCUGGAAAGAAUGGCAGAACAUGAAUAAUGCUCAAAAAAUCUUGUACAGGGAUGUGAUGCUGGAGACCUACAGCAUCCUGUUCUCCUUGGGGCACUGCAUGACCAAACCUGACUUGAUCUUGAAGUUGGAGCAAGGAGCAGAGCCCUGGAUGGGAGAAGAAUGCCUACAUCAGAGUCUUCCAGUUGCUGUGAAAAGUGAUGACCUGGUUAGCAACAGCCAGGAAUGUCAGGACAAAACCAUAUUCCCAAACUAA